AUGAUAAGGACAUUCCAGCAGCAAUUUCGAAUCCCUCCUUCCCAUUGGCAGUUAUUUAAAAGCCGUCCUUCAACCUCACCCACCGGCCAAGGAUUCGUUGGCAGUUGGAUGCCAAAUCCGGUCGACUUCGGUUCGAAAUCAUCCAAUUUUUCACUCUUUCGCGUCGAUUUAAAAUCCCUGAAACCAUCAGCAAAUCCUCCAGUGCUCUUCGUCAUGAACCCUUCUCAAUAUAUCUUCUUACUCUUUGUUGGAACUUUCUGUGUCUAUGGAUUGUGGAAGACCAGUUCUCUUUCCUGGCGAACCUCCACGGUACACGCGAAAGCGUCGAUUCAGUUCGACCUCUCCAUUCCAUCGUCUUCUCCAUCCGUUUUCCGUCGAUUCUCUAACAAAACGAACAGAAAAACCAUCGGCAAAAGUCAUAAAAAGUAUCGUGGAGUCGUAUCUAAAUACAUGCUAGAGCUGUACCAGCGCAGAUCAGACGUGGACAUAGUUCGAGCGUUAGAACCGAUUCAUGUGUCAGGUCCGACCAACGAAGGAGCCAGGAUUCUGGUAUUCUCGAUACCUCCGAUCGACCCAGACGAAGCUCUAGAGGUAGCGGAGUUGCUUGGCGUUGUUGGAUCCAUUCUCAGAGUGCGUUUAGAUCAUACGGACGCUUUUGGAAGCUGCAAAUCGAGGAGAGACGAUAGUUGGAGGGCUUUCAAUGUUACUUCUGCAGUGGCUGCAAGCAGUGGUAGUGCCGUCAGAUUCCGAGUAUACGGUAGAGUCGGUUAUCAUCCUUGCGGAGACGGCCCAAUCUUGUUAUUGAGCUACGCCAAAGUGAGGAAGAGGCGCUCGAGGCGUUCCAUUCAAGAAGAAGAGACGGACGAAGACGACGGUCCCCGAAGAAGACGUAAGAAUUCCUGCAGGCGACGAUCUCUUUACGUAGACUUUGCAUUGAUCGCGUACGACGAAUGGGUCGUUGCUCCACCCGGGUACGAAGCCUAUCAGUGCUCUGGGAAGUGUUUUUACCCGUUCGGCGAUCAUCUUAGCCCCACGAAGCAUGCGAUCGUGCAGACGUUGGUACACGGUGCUCUCCAGGCUAUCGAGGGCGGCAGCAAACCUGUUGGCAGAGCUUGCUGCGUACCGACGAGACUAGCGCCUACCAGUCUGCUUUAUCUGGAUGCCAGUGGAACUUUAACUUAUCAGUACGGCUACGAAGACAUGGUCGUUGCCGAGUGUGGCUGUCGUUAAAGUGUUCAAAAUAUAGGUUUAAAAUUAGGCAAUUGAGUAAGGAGAACAUGAAUUUUUAUGAAAAUUAAGAUAGGUUCUUAAAGAUCGAAAGAAAAGACAUUUUUUAAUCCUUACAUUUCAAUCAAUUUAUUCCAACGAUUUACUUUAUGCAAGAUCAGCUUUUAUAUCUCUUAUCUCAU